UUGAAAAGGAAAACAACUCAGUCAAAUCUCAAUGAACCCUCCAAUCAUAGCUUCCUGGUACAUCCAGGGGGUUUAAUGGCUUAGAUAAAGUUCUCUCUUGCAUAGAGUUUGUCCAAUCCUGCAAUAUUGACAUGAUUUGUAUACUUGAAGUUAAGAUUUCUUAUUCUUGAACUUUGGUUCUCUUUCUCCCAUCAUAUUUUUUAAUUGGGAUUUUUACAUACAUAACAUCUUAAACAUAGCUAUUUACUUAUCUCACACCUAAACUUAACUUUUUACAUUUCUACCACCUAAAUAAACGUAUCCCGUUCCCAUCUGCUCCGUUAAAAUACGCCAUCUGAGCCGCUUAUAUUUCCCGCGUGAUAGUUUGCUCCCAAAACCAUCGCCUGUUCGUCGCCUCGCCUCGCCUCGCCUCUGCCAAAAUACGCCAUCUACGCUCUGCUUCAACGACGCAUUGUUCAAAGACGCAUUUUUCUUCUGCGUGAAGGCUCUCAGGUGCAAAGUUUUGAAAAUGUAAUCUUCCAUUGUUGCUUAGAGAAGAAAAACAGCGAUGCUAUCAAUCUUUGAAAAACGAAAGCAAAGCGAUUCGUUUUGGGUUUAUCAAAUUGGAAAAAAAAAAUUCUGUUGCUUAGAGAAGAAAAACGAUUCGUUUUGGGUUCAUCAAAUUGAAAAAAAAAUAUUUCUGCAUCAAUUUGAAAAACUAAUUUUUCAUCUCAGGUUUAUCAUUUUGAAAGAUUCUUCGGCAAAACUAUUGCUUCAAGCUAUCCGACAUCUAAUACAGCAGUACAACUAAUAUUUUAUACGACAAACAGAGAUGCAUAUUUCGGGUAAUGGCGCUCUACAUUUUAAUCCAUUUAUUCCAUUUUUUAGAUUGUUACUAAAUCACUUUUUAUUCACUAAAAUAGAGAUGGAUAUAAGUAAUUUCUGCUUCAUUAUCCUAAAAUUUGGUGGAUAUUGGAUUGAAGUGCAUGGUCAGAGUCGAACAAAGUAUGUGGGUGGAAAGCAGAAAACCUUAAAGCUUCACAGAGAUGAAAUCAAUUUAAUUUUGUUAAAAGAACGAGUUCAAGCACUCUGCCAUUGGAUUCGCAUUCAACCUUUCGACUUCCACUAUCAUGUUAAUGGGACGUCACCGAAGAAUUAUAAAUUGAUUUCAACUGAUGCAGAUGUAGCUGACAUGCUUAGCGGUUCUUAUGAAAGGAAUAUAAUUGAGGUGACGGUUGCAAUGAAAUAUCAAGAAGAAGAUAUCUCCCAAUCACAAAACAAUCAAAUUGAAGUAGACAAACAGUUAACUGAAAUUGGAGAAGAUAAUGAUAUUGUUGUAGAUGAUAUGUGCGAUGAUUUCUUUAUGCCCUAAAUUGAUGUGGCAAACAAUCUAUGUGCUAGUUCACGGUUUGAAAAUGCCUAGAGUUUGAAGCAAGCAGUACGGUAUGAUGCAAUUUUUAAGAAUUAUGCUAUAAAGAUUAAGGCGAGUGACAAAUCUAGAGUUAUAGUUACUUACGCAUACAGAGGUUGUCCAUGGAGAGUACGUGCAUCAUUGUGUCGUGAUGGUCACUCCUUUGAAGUUAGAAAAAUGGAAUCAACACAUUUAUGCCCUGGGGUCAAUAGAACAGGAAAUAAGCAAGCUACAACUAGUUGGGUGGCUCAAGAAAUCAACUAUGCUGAAUCAGAAUCUAAGAAAUCAUGGGAGUGGUUCUUGAGGAACUUGUCUGAAAGUUUUGGCAGUGAAAUUGAACAUUUAGCCUUCAUGUCCGACAUGGAGAAGGGCUUAGCCGAAGCUAUAAAACUUAUUUUUCCAAAUGCUGAGCAUAGAGUGUGUAUGAGACACUUGUGGAAGAAUAUUAAAAAAUUAUUUCGUUGCGAAGAUGGCAUCAAACUUCAAAAUUUGGUUUGGACGGCAUCAAACACUUAUAACCUAAAUGUUUGGCAUAUGAAACUUGAGGAGAUCUUCAAAAUUAGUUCACAAGUAUAUGCAUAUUUAAAUUCUUUGUCAUGCAAGUGGUCUAAGGCCACAUUUUCAGAGCACAUUAAAAAUCAUUCCAACACAAACAACAUGUCAGAAUCAUUUAACGCUUGGGUUGAAGAAGCUAGAAAUAAGCCAGUCGUUGAUUUGGUCGACAUGAUUAGGGCCAAGAUUAUGGAACAACGAUCGCAAAGAAAUGUAAUUUCCUCCUCUUGGAGAGGUCAACUAGUUCCUCAUGUGGAAGAAUACAUAAGGGACAUAACAACGAGGAAAGAGCAUUUUAUAAUUCGUCAGUCAACAUUGACGAAAGCCAAAGUUGAGGGUCUUCAUGAAAGGCACGCAGUUGAUCUAGAAAAGAAGGAUUGUACAUGUGGAGUUUGGCAAAAAAGUGGUAUGCCUUGUAUACACAGUGCUGUAUUCAUUUGUACUACACAACAUUCUUUAUGGUAUACCUAUGUUGAUGAUCACUACCAUGUGUAUAGGUACAAAUUGGCAUAUGAGGGUGCAAUAUCGACCCUACCUGGCAAGGAGAUGUGGGCUGCAGUUAGUGAUGGGGAGGUUGUUACAACGCCACUUUCACUAAGACCACGUGGUAGACCCAAAAAAGGUGAAUAAAAAAUUUCUUAGAAACAGGGAAGAAAACGAAACUUGGACACAGGUGUAGUCGUUGUAAUUUAAGUGGCCAUCAUAGAAGUACCUGUAAAAAUCCAUUAAAUGGGGAAGGUGACAAGAUUGGAUAUACGCCGUCCACAUUAUAGUUCUGAUUUCACGUUGGAUCACAGCAUUUAGUUCUGCUUUUAUUAGAUUUUGCUUUGUGUUGGAUUAGACCAACAUUUAUUUCUGGUUGUAUUAGCUACAGCUUUUUGGAUUUAUGCUUUUUCUUUGUGUUGGAUCAGAUUUUAUUUAAGAUUUUGUUCUCUGUUUUUGGGUAUACCAACAUUAGUUCUGGU